CAACGACGGUUGUGGUCGAUCGAUCGGGAAACGAGCGCUGACUUCGAUUGCCCAGCUUUUGCUUCUCGCUUUCCGCCCGUGCCAGCGGCCGCGGCAGCGGCAGCAGCGUUGCGCAAAAGAGCUUUGAGCGAGCGAGCGAACGAACGAUCGCUUUCCGAGCGCUGUGCGCUCUCGUACCUUGGUGUCUUGGUGUGACGGGCUCCUCACACCAUGAUGAUGACGGUGCUGAUGCAUGGCGCCGCGCAAAUGUUAUGGGCGGGCGUGCGUGCGUGCGCGGGGCCGGACGGGCGUGCGUGCGUGCGGCGGGGGAAUGCGUUGCUUCUUGGCUUGGCCAUUGUGACGCUCGAGCCACGAGGCUGAUGCGGUGCUCGUUGUCUGCGACGAGCUCGAGAUCACGCGUGCUAUUUGUGCCUUCUCCUGCCGGACCCUACUCGUAGAAUGGCUCGAGCCUGCCACAGCCGAGCGAGCCUAAAGCCUGCCUCGCAGGAUGAGGUGUCCAUGAGGUUUUCGACCUUGGACAAAGCAGAGUCACCACACCCUCCCCUGCCCUCCCAUCACCCUGCAGCCUGCGGAUGGCCGGACCAACCACGUACACUAUGUGCUCCGCCUCGGACGAAGGUACCCGGCCCAAACUUGAGGCACCCGCAUGAUACUUCGAUAAAAGAUCCAUUAAUUUACACCUUGCAACAAAAAGUCGCGAAGUUGAUAAGAGCGGGUGAAAUAUCCAGUCAAAUCAAUCAUAGUUUCCAGAACCAUGAUCGCUGUACGCACUUCUCUCCCUGGAUGGGAGGCGAUUCAUCAUUCAUGAACCCCUUUCUCUCAUUCAUUCAUUCAUUCAUCUACGGCACGGUUGAACGGACCGAAUUUCAGCAGUACUGGUUGUGGCUCAUGAAACCCUCGACGCGACGGAGCCAUGCGCCAUGGACGCGCCAUUCUCGUUUUCCGAUAUCAUUUAGGGAGCUGCAGAUGUUAUUACUCCCUGAUGAUGAUGGCGCAGUUCAGCAUUUCGUUGAUGCAAACGAGAUUAAGGGGGAAGCCAAACGACUCGAUUUGUAAUUAACGGAGACAGGCACACAUUGUCCCCGUCUGUCAGACAGCACUGAGUGUCGAACAGCGUGGAGGGAAGUUCUUCGGGGCUCAAACUUCUGGUAAUGAUUGCAUAGACGCUCUACGAUGACACAGACUAGCAUCCGUCCCUUCAUUCCUUGAUAUUGUGCGUGCCCGAGUGGCUCACCGCUUUGGGGUUUCGACUACCGAGUUAAUGGUGGUUAUGAAACUCCAGACAGUUGAUGAUUCGGCAAACAAGCAGUUUUCCGACUUCUGUGGACAGCCGCUUCAUUUUCACUGAAAUUCAGGUUUGAGAUACAGCGGAGGAAGAGCCCUGAGAAGGUUCUGAGCCUAGGAGGCCCCAAAUUCGAGGCUUCUAUCCUGGUGACAAACACGGCGGGGGAGGAGAGUAGGUGCGGAAGAAGUUAUGCACGAAGUGCGAGUGCUUGUGUGCAGAAACUCCAGCAGGUACUUAGACUUUGGGAGAAGGAGGUGCAGUUAGAUGGCUGGCUGGCUGGCUUCGGGUCGACGGCACCAGCCAAGGCUGAGCAGCAUGGAGAGACAAGCUCUUCAAGGCCUGGGUCGAAUAAAAAUUGGUCCGUUGAUGCAUGACAAGGUGUAGCUUCAAUCAUCAGACAAGUCGAAUAUUACAGCCUAAAUCGUCGCGUUGGUCUGCUGCCGAGAUGCAUUUAUGAGCUGCACAGACUCUUGUAAUUAACAACUGAUUUCCGAACAAGGACUAGUCGGGCAUCCACAUUGCUGGAAACAGAGACUUUCUGGUGCGUCACGUCAGACUAGGUGGUCAACUGCGAUGAUACAUGGUGGGCCACAGUUGCCGGUUCUCGGUAGGUUUGGGUCAGCAACGCUUUUGUCCCACUCCACAAGAGCGAGCUGAAGAUCAAAUGACACUAAAAUGACACUCAGAUGGAUGUGCAUUUCAUUUCUCAU